AACAUGUAUAAUAACAUGUAACAGAUUUAAUUUUUUAAAUUUAUUUGAACGCAUCAAGAUAACUAAAAUCAGUUAUACAUGCAUGCUCUGAUAAUGCCGAUAAUUUCUACAGUGUCUGUAAUUUCAUUUCCAACUUUACUUAAACGUCGAGCGAUCACUUCUAGGAAUCCAUCCACGAUUCACUAUAAUAGUCGGGCUAAAAUUAAGAAAAAAAAUCCUAAAUUAAUUUUAUAGUAAAUCCACAUAGUAAAUCAAAUCAUUUAUAGUUCUUCGCUCCUUUUUAUACGUUCCGUCCCGCAUCAUGGACGCCGCGCGGAUGCGAGGUGCUAGUGCGUACGCUAUUAGGUAUCACCGAUAAGCCAACGACCAUCGCUUAUCGAUAAUUUUAGUCGCUCAUUGCGAAAAUGCGUCCUACGACUAAAUAACGAUAGCUUAUACUACUUGCAGAAAUAAUUUUUUGCGGGACGACGCGACGGACGCCCUCUGAUUUAUCUUUCUUCGACGAAAUAUAAUAGAAUUAAGUAUGCGUAAAUGUCUAGACACAUUUUUACGGAAGCUGACCGCAGCCUAUGUCGCAUAGUACCAUGCCGAAAAAUUCGAAUGCGGCGAAUGCAGAAAGUGCGGUAAAUGCGACGCAGAGUUCGAAUGCGGGGAAUGCUACGAAGUUAGACAAUAAGACUCAUUUGUUGCAAAAGUACCUCGAUCUACCCCAACCGGAAAAUGAGAUCCAGGUGCAGUACAUCUGGAUCGACAGAAGUGGCGAAGAAUUAUGUAGCAAGACCAAAACUCUGAGCUUCGUGCCGAAACGUCCUUCCGAACUGUCACCGUGGAUUCUCGAAAACAGUUCGAUGUUUCAGGCCCAUUUUUCUGAUCCAGUCAAGGAGGAUAUAUAUCUCUACCCGGUGGCGAUUUAUAAUGAUCCCUUUCGUCCCGGUAAUAAUAACAAGCUCGUGCUCUGCGACACUUACUACAGCGAUGAUACGCCAACGAAAACGAACAACCGGUGUCGCGCAAACCAAGCGAUGGAGUCUGUCAAGGAUCAGGAACCCUGGUUUGGCAUCAAGCAAAAGUAUACUUUUUUAGAUUUCAACGGUAAAGCGCUCCUUUGCUCCUCAAGGAAACAUAAGAGUAUGGAGUAUGAUUGCGGCAUCGGCGCCAACAAGGUAAUCGGCCGCGAAAUUGUCGAAGCCCAUUACAGAGCCUGCCUCUACGCUGGCGUGAAGCUCGCGGGUACCAAAGCUAUGGUGAAGCCUUCACAAUGGGAGUUUCAGGUGGGACCAUGCACGGGCAUCAAGGCCGGAGAUGAUCUGUGGAUCGCCCGAUUCAUUCUGCACCGUAUUGCCGAAGAAUUCGGUGUGAUCACCAAUCUGGAUCCGAAAACGAAUCCGAUGCAGCUCCGCUUGUGGUGGGAAGAAGACAGUCUCGCCAGAGACGCUAGUGCCGAUACCAACUUCUCGACGAAGGCGAUGCGCGGCGAAAACGGUAUCGCCGAAAUCGAGAAGGCGGUCGACAAGCUCAGCAAGCAACAUCUCAGGCACAUCCAGGCGUACGAUCCGCGCGGAGGAAAGAACAGCGAACGCAGACUGAACAACAGAUAUGAACCCAGCAAAAUUCGUUAUUUUAGUGCCGAGGUGGGCAAUCGAGACGCCAGCAUCCGCAUUCCCCGUCGCGUCGCCAAUGAGAAUAAGGGCUACCUGCAAGACAUGAGGCCUAGCAGCAACUGCGAUCCCUACUCCGUUUGCGACGCCCUGGUUCGUACUUGCGUGCUCAAUGAAUAAUAAAACCGCAGCACGACGAGGAUGCUUAUGAAAGACACGCCGGACCGACACGCACACACCCGCUUACCCUGGAGCGUACAUUACUUGUAAAACUUGAAAUCCUAUUUGUUUUUCUAUUUAGUACGAUGGUUAAUGUUGAAUUUCUCUACUGGAAAAGUUAAAAUUUGAGCAUUCAGUGUCUUAAGUAUCAUUCGAAAUAUUUAGCUGCAAGUUCUACAAAAACAAAAUUUACCAUUAACGAUUGUGCAUGGUAUUGCCGAAAGAGAAUUGAGAUUGGUUCAGUUUUCUUUCGCUGUUCACAUUAUGGAUAUGAUGUUUAGAGAAGGACAAAAGGGACCAUUGAUUCGUGAUUCGUUUAUUUCUGUACCUGUUUACUUCGCACUCUAGUCAACAUUACUGUACUUAAUUUUUCCAUGAAGAUGUGAAAAAAUAAAACACAGAAAUUUAGCGUA